AUGGGCGACUUACACCCUCAAGACGAGGUCCUGCGCCGUUCCCUCGAGGACCCCGAGGGGUUCUGGGCCCACCAGGCCGAGCAUCUGCACUGGCACAAGAAACCCUCGUCCGCAUUGAAAGUCUCCAAAAAGACGCUCAAGGGCGGCAUCACACACGACACAUGGGAAUGGUUCCCGGACGGCGAGAUCUCGACCUGCUUCAACUGCGUCGACCGCCACGUCCACGACGGCAAAGGCGAUGCCCCGGCGAUCUUCUACGACAGCCCCGUUACCAACACAAAACAGACAAUUACGUACAAACAGCUACUUGACGAGGUUGAGGUGCUUGCCGGAGCGCUGCGGGAGGAAGGCGUAAAGAAAGGCGACGUCGUUUUGGUUUACAUGCCAAUGAUCCCCGCGGCGUUAAUUGGAAUCCUCGCCGCCGGCCGUCUGGGCGCCAUCCACGCCGUGGUCUUUGGUGGUUUCGCCCCCAACGCCCUCGCCCAGCGCAUAGAAGCCUCCCAGCCCGUGGCCAUCCUGACAGCCUCGUGCGGCAUCGACGGCAACAAGCCGCCCAUGAGCUACAAGCCCCUCGUCGAGGAGGCCUGCCGCAUCUCCACGCACAAGCCCGACAAGGUCAUCGUCUGGCAGCGCGAGCAGGUGCGCUGGCACCCCAUCCGGAGGAACGACGGCGAGCGGAACUGGCAGAGCAUCGUUAAUAGCUGCCGCGCGAGGGGCGUCAGGGCUGACUGCGUGCCGGUCAAGUCGACAGAUCCGAUCUACAUCAUCCACACCUCGGGGACGACAGGGUCGCCCAAGGGGGUGUUGAGGGAUGCUGCCGGGCACGCCGUGGGCUUGCACCUUUCCAUUAGUUAUCUCUUCAACAUUCACGGCCCUGGGUGUGUGUCCUUCACAGCGUCCGAUAUUGGCUGGGUUGUCGGUCACAGCUAUAUCGCAUAUGCCCCCUUGUUAACGGGCGCCGCCACCGUUCUCUACGAAGGCAAACCGGUGGGGACCCCGGACGCCUCGGCUUUUUGGCGCGUUGUGGAGGAGUACAAGGUCAACACCAUGUUCACGGCCCCCACGGCCCUGAGAGCCAUCAAGCGCGACGAUCCCGAGAAUAAGUUCUUCAGGCAGGCCGGAGAAAGGGGUGGCCUCAGAACGCUCAAUGCGCUUUUCCUCGCCGGCGAGCGUUCCGAGCCGGCCAUCAUCACCAUGUAUCAGGAGCUUCUCGAAAACUACUGCGCCACCGACGCCCACGUCGUGGACAACUGGUGGUCGACGGAGGCGGGCUCACCCAUCACCGGGAGGGCUCUGGUACCGCACGCCGGCAAAGACCGGGGGACGGAUGUUCGGGACCACCCUCCCCCCAAGAUCAAGCCGGGCAGUGCCGGCAAAGGCAUGCCCGGGUUCGACGUACGGAUCGUGGACGACGACGGCAACGAGGUUUCCAGGGGCACAAUGGGCAACAUCGUACUGGGACUACCCCUCGCUCCUACGGCGUUCAGGACGCUGUGGCGGGACGAAGAGCGGUUUUAUAAAGGAUACCUGAAGCGUUUUGACGGAAAGUGGCUUGACACUGGGGACGCGGGCUAUAUCGACGCCGAGGGCUACGUCAAUGUCAUGUCCCGCAACGACGACGUCCUGAACGUCAGCGCCCAUCGGCUCUCGAGCGGUGGCCUCGAACAGGCCAUAACCUCGCAUCCCCUCGUCGCCGAGGCCUGCGUGGUGGGCAUCCCCGACGCGCUCAAGGGCCAGGUGCCAUUCGCCUUCAUCACGCUGUCGACGCCUGAGCACCCGGCCUCGGCAGUGCCCGACACGAAGAUCGCCGACGAGGUCAACGCGCUCGUGCGAUCGCAGGUCGGCGCCAUUGCGACGCUGGGCGGGCUCGUCCAGGGGAAGGGGAUGAUCCCCAAGACGCGGAGCGGCAAGACGCUGCGGCGCGUCCUGAGAGAGCUGCUGGAGAACGCGGUGCACGGCGACUUCGACAAGGAGGUGCAGGUGCCUAGCACAGUCGAGGACGCCGGGGCGGUGGAGGUCGCAAAGGCCAAGGUGAAGGAGUAUUGGGAGGUUAGGGGGAACGAGCAUAAGAGUACGGAGGCUAGGGCGAAGCUGUAA